UCGAUGAGUCACAUCCCCCGCAGUAAGAGAAAGGAACAGCUCUCAGAGCAAUGAGGCGCGUGUUGCUGCCGUGGGCUCGCUCAGUCAACUCUCCACCACCAGUUUGCAAAGAAGCAACAAGCACAGGUACCCUCUCCAGAGCACUCCAACUCUUCUCCAGAUCCCAGGUUUGCUGCAGGACCUGCUGAUAACCUCCUGGUGUCUCCAGGUUGUCCCAGGCUUUGGUGCCAGGGCUGUCUAUCAGCAGGCUGACCUUCCAUAUGUUGUGGGGGGUCUGGGCUUGUUCUGCCCGGGAGGAUGGGGGAAGCCUGUACUGAAGCCUGGCCGGAGCUGAGGAACCUGAGCUGCAGCCUCUUGGACUAUGACACCGCCCGCUUGGACAGCCAGGACUUCAUGACGGACCGGAGCUUCGAGGCGGCUCGGACCGUGGUCGGGGUGACCCUGGUCGGGAUCAUGUUGGUGUGUGGGCUCGGCAACUUGCUGUUCAUUGUGAGCCUGGUUCGCUGUAGGCAGCGCCGCAGCCUGACCAGCCUCCUGCUCGCUAACCUGGCCGUCUCGGACAUGCUGGUGGCUGUGCUCUGCUGCCCCUUCGAGAUGGAUUACUAUGUGGUCAAGCAACUGUCCUGGGAGCACGGCCACGCUCUGUGUGCCUCGGUCAACUACCUCCGCACCGCUUCCCUGUCUGUCUCCACUAACGCGCUGCUAGCCAUCGCCAUCGACCG